AUGGCAGAGCGGGCGCUGCGCUCGGGGGCGGAGCCAGCCCUGGCGCGCAAGGCACGCGUGUCGGCGCUCGUGUGGACGCGCGGUCGGGUCCGAGCCGUGCUUUGCGGUAUCCUAGUCCUCCCGGUAGGGCUGGGCCAUCCCGGCUUCAAGACUAACGGUGGGUUCACACCAGAAAACGAGCUGACCCGGAUCGUGAGGGGGCGUUGGCUGCCCCUCCCCUAUAGUUAUUCACAGGAAGUAACCAGUGAAGCAGCAACCAGUGAAGUCCCGAAGUCUGCGUCUUUUGUUUGGCCUGGGAGGCAGAUGCCAGCGAACGUGGAGAUAAAGGCGCGGGUGCGGGACCUGGCACAGCUCAUGAGUAACGCUGAGCGGCUGAGCGGAUCACCAGGCUGCAUCAUUCUCCAGACAGACACUUUCUUUUCUGUCCCUCAUGGACGACUGAAACUUCGGGACCUCCAGGACGGCCGCGGACAGCUGGUGUUUUACAACCGCCCCGACUCCAAAGGCCCCAAGCUCUCCCAUUACACCAUCUCACCCACUGAUGAUCCCACAGGACUCGCGGCAGUGCUGUCUCAGGCCCUCGGUGUGCAAGGGGUGGUGAAGAAAGAGCGUCGCCUCUACCUGGUGGGCCAGACUCGUGUCCACGUGGAUCGCGUGGAAGGGUUGGGCGACUUCAUGGAGCUGGAGGUGGUGCUGGAGGAUCGGCAGAGUGCCCAGCAAGGUGAGGCAGUGGCCCGGCGGCUGAUGGAGGAGCUGGGUGUGAAGGACGAGGAUCUGCUCACCGGGGCCUACCUGGACCUUCUGCUGGCAGCAGGAGCGUCCCCUCGUCCAUGACGCCACCAUCCGGGCCUGUUUAAAGGUCAUCUUGGAGGAUUGCAUUUUGUUGGUUGAUUGACAAACCCAUUCAGAUGUGUUGAAUACAAGAGAGCGUUGGCUGAAAAGUGAGCUUGACACUCUAGAGAAGGUGGCUCUUCAUUGUUGACGAACGUGUUUUGUUCCAACACUCAUUACCUGA